AACAACAAUGCCGGUCCUUUCCGAAGCUGCCGCUUAUCUUGCUCAUGCCAAGUCGAACGAAGCUUGGGCGUUCAUGUACCUGGCUCAGACAGCUGUGGUGUUUGUACGUGUAACUUACACUGAAAGGGAUGGCAACAAGACUGUCCAGGAUUUCCAGCGCCUUGGGGAUGCUUUUGUAUACUCUCAGCAGAUUGGAACCUUUUGGGAGGCUGUUGAUGCAGCAAACGGAAGCAACGAGGUUGUUAAGAGGGUUUGUUACCGAGAGAUCUUGGAUUUGAUGAAUCAGCAGAUUCAAACCUACGGGCAGGGUUAUCCCCCGCGUGAACUCAAGAAGGCUAUGAACGAAAUUGAGGAGUACCUCGACGUCGCGUUGACUGUUUGGGUCUAGAGUCCCAUGAAGAGAGAGUGUUGUGGCUGUCUAUUGGAUGAGGACGAGGA